AUGCUACCACCCCCGGACAACCCCGACACUACCACCAACACAACAACCACAACCACCACAUCACCCCUCCCCCUCACCACCGACAAUGCCAUCACCACCACCACGAAAAACCAUAACAACCAGCACCACAACCACCCCCGCAAACCCAAACCAACGCUCCUCAACCCCCUCCAAAAAGGCAUCACAACCUACCUAACCCACCACCACAACAACAAUGACACCACCCUCACCAUAUCCUCCCUCCCCAAACGCUUCACAAUCUACGCCCCCCUCCUCCUCCUCCCCGUCAACGCCCUCACCACCCCACCCGCCUGGCACACCCUCUACAGCACCCUAACACCAACCCAAAAGACGACUCUGUACGAAUGCAUCCUCUCCGCCUUCUCCCGCUACAACCUGACCCACAUCGCCAUGAACGCCCCCAUCGCCCUAACCGACGCACAAGGCACCGAGAACCGCAUGCGCAGUCCCGGCGGUCUACUCCCACUGCACGGAGACUUUGGGCCCGCGCCCAGCACAAUCCGAAACCUCGACUCGCCAACAGCGGAGGACCUGGGACGCGCGUUCUGGGUAAGCACGGUGCAGAACCAUGGCAUUGAGCAGAUCUGGGCGCCUAUGUAUACGAUGUUCUCGAGGGGGAAUGUUACGGAGAAGGCGCGGAUAUUGGGAUCGGGGAUGGAGGGGUUAGCCAGGCAGGAUAUUGAGGGGGCAGGGCGAGGGAUGAGUGUGGUGGAUAUGUAUGCGGGGAUAGGGUAUUUUGUGUUUUCGUACCUCCGGCGCGGGGUGAGGAGGGUUUGGGGAUGGGAGAUUAAUGGGUGGUCUGUUGAGGGGUUACGGAGGGGGUGUGUGGCUAAUGGGUGGGGAUGUAGGGUUGUUAGGGUUGGUGAGGAUGGGGUGUUGGAGGGUGGGAUGGGGGUGGAGGAGUUGGUGGAUGGGUUGAGGGAUGGGGAGGAUGGGGAUAAGGUGGUGGUGUUUCAUGGGGAUAAUCGGUUUGCGGCGCGCGUUUUGGCGACGAUUAGGGAUGUGAUGGAGGUGAGGGGGCGGUGGGCGCCUGUGAGGCAUGUUAAUUUGGGGUUGUUGCCGUCGUCGGAGGCUGCUUGGGGGGAUGCGUGUCGGAUGGUGGAUGGAAGGUUGGGGGGUUGGUUGCAUGUGCAUGAGAAUGUGGAUGUGAGGCGCAUUGAGGAGAUGAGGGAUCGGGUCACGAGUGAGAUUGGGAGGUUGAGGGGGGAGGUUUUGGAGGUGGAAGGUGAGGUCGUGGCGGAGUGUCGACAUGUUGAACAGGUCAAGACGUAUGCUCCGGGGGUGAUGCAUUGCGUGUUUGAUGUCAAGGUGCCGGCGCUGGAGGUAUAA